AUGGCUCCUGAACUUGUUAGUGCCGCAACCAAGCCCACCACAGGUCUAGUCAAGGCUGCUAGUCUCUCUAGCCGUGCCUACGUUACCUUCUUGGCUGGUAACGGUGACUAUGUGAAAGGCGUGGUUGGAUUGGCUAAGGGGUUGAGAAAGGUGAAAACUGCUUACCCUCUUGUUGUAGCGGUUCUGCCAGAUGUUCCAGAGGAGCAUCGCCGUAUAUUGGUUUCCCAGGGUUGUAUUGUUCGUGAGAUCGGGCCAGUUUAUCCACCGGAGAACCAAACCCAGUUUGCUAUGCCUUAUUAUGUCAUCAACUACUCCAAACUUCGUAUCUGGGAGUUUGUGGAGUACAGCAAAAUGAUAUACUUGGAUGGAGAUAUCCAAGUGUUUGACAAUAUUGACCACCUCUUUGAUAUGCCAAAUGGUUACUUUUAUGCUGUCAUGGAUUGCUUCUGCGAGAAAACUUGGAGCCACAGCCCCCAAUUCAAAAUAGGAUACUGCCAACAGUGCCCAAAUAAGGUCCAGUGGCCGGCUGAGUUGGGACCCAAGCCUCCUCUCUACUUCAAUGCUGGGAUGUUUGUCUAUGAGCCCAACCUCUCCAUCUAUGAUGAUCUCUUACAGACCCUCAAAGUCACUCCUCCUACUUCUUUUGCUGAGCAGGAUUUUUUGAACAUGUUCUUUAGGGAUAUCUAUAGGCCAAUUCCUCCAAUUUACAACUUGGUCUUGGCCAUGUUGUGGCGCCACCCUGUGAACAUCGAGCUUGAAAAAGUGAAAGUUGUUCACUAUUGUGCUGCAGGUUCAAAGCCAUGGAGGUACACUGGCGAAGAAGAGAACAUGGAUAGGGAAGACAUUAAAAUGUUGGUGAAGCAGUGGUGGGAUAUAUAUAACGAUGAGUCACUAGACUACAAGAGGACCAAUGCAGAGGCUGAAGGUGUGAACAAUUUUACAUCGGUGCUUUCGGAGGGUGGUGUUGUUUACUAUGCUACUGCCCCCUCUGCCGCUUAGACAUUUAUGGUUUUGUUUUAGAUUAUAUGGGUUGAAGUACAUAAAUUUAUGAGGGGUGUCAAUACGAAUUGUUCGUCUUUGUGAUUAAAGGUUGUGAUUAGGAGGACGAGUCUGGCAUUUUCUCUUGCACAAAUUGUUAUUUGGGAUUAAACAUACUUUGAAG